AUGAGUGAGCACUCGAUGGGUACGCUGACUCCCCGGACUGUGGGUAUAAACCACAUCGAUAGAGGAACCAUUUAUCCUCCACCCUCAUACGACCGGUAUGGUUGCUAUCCACAAAUUAAUCGGACGGCAUAUGAAAACGAUGUGAAUUUGAUGUCGUCUAAGUUCCAUCAGAGACGUCUGAAUGAUGGAUACUCUGAAGUAGCCCCAUCUCAAAUCCACUUUUCAAAGUGGUCCAAUUCUAACUAUGGAAGUACUAAUGGAAGAGGUCAUCGGUCUUCCUCCUUAAGUCCGAAACCGGCUGAACCUGCAGUUCAACUCUCAUAUCGUCCUCCAACACCACAAGUGUCAUCUACGACCCCAACUACUCAUCGUGGCAUCCUCAAAGGUCAAAGGGCGCCUUCUGAUGUGGGGGGUGAUUCGCCCCGAGGUGUUGUCUACGGACACUCCAAGGGAUUUUGGGAUACCAUGGAUCUUAAUGGUGGUGGGGAAUUUAAUGAUAGUUGUAAUUCAAUUCCAUCAUCAUAUGUUGCAGGGGAUUCAAUGUCAAGAAAAACUGUUAGGUUUGCAGACGGUGAUUCGACUGUAAACAAUAGGAUUGUACAGGGGUCUUACGAUGGUAUGAGAGACCCCAUUUGUCGCACCGAUGGCUCUCAGGCUCAGGGUAUCUACGAAUGGGAGCCAGAUGAACUCUAUAACAACGCCAGAACCACAGGAGAUCUCCAAAAGCCACCUAGGCCCCCCAAACAACGUCAACCAAUGAGAACAGAACGCCGAUUCACCGCAGAUGGUCCGAGUCUUGCUCGAAAUCUUCGGUUUGUUACCAACCUUAAUGGAGGUAGUGUAGCAACAUCUUUAUCAACUCCUUUACAUGACACUGAGCCUCCUCUUACUGCAGUAGAUGAUAACUACGCCAACUAUGAAAGCAUUUAUGGAAAUCGGAGAUUCACGGAUUGUUCCGUGGGUGAGGUGGAAAAAAUCGAUAGCCAACGACUGGACGCCCUAAUGAAGCCUUACAUGACAUCAGCUAAUGAGGAUAUAGGAUCGCCCCCAAUCGGUUCGAUCAAUGUGGCUACUUCUCCAGCGCCUGUUUAUCGAACUGAGGUAAUUCACAAUCCAUCUAAUAGAAGAACAUUUGUUGGCCAACAAAAGAAUUCAGUGAGUAUUCUAUCAAAAUUAUUUGUAGUUAAAGUGCUUAAGUUAAAUGAUAAUUUUAAUAUAAAUGAGUGCACUUAUUUGAUUCCUAACGAAUUGUGGUUCAGUUCUAAGAAGAACUGCAUUUUUACAGAAAGUAAUUAA